AUGCAUAAUCGAAUUAAGGAUGUAAAGAGUGGCAGUGAUGAUAAUGAUGAUAUUGGUGAAGGAAAAGAUAAGGUUUGCUUGGAUGGUAUUGAUACUAGGAAAUAUCCAAAUUUUCUUGCCCUAUUCAACACCUUAAAGAAACGAAAUGCAUCAUCUGUGGAUGUCGAUCGUACUCGACACUUAUCACCUGUUCAACAGGAGGGAUCAGAGUGUAAAAACGUGUCCGUGGUAGAUGACUAUGUGCCAAAUACACUGUCCCAACAAUCAGAUGCUAUCAGUCAGAAUUCAAACGACGAACAUGUUCUUGAAAGCUGUCAGAUAUCCGAGAAAUUACAGCCUAAUACUUGCUCUACUAUGGAUCUCACAACGGUAUGCAUAUUGUAA